UUAAAUUAAACGUUUCUACAAAUUGUUGUUAUAAUAUAAUUUUUUGUACUUGUUUUUAUGCAGUCGAAAUAAUGUAUUCAGCACGGAGUUGGAGUGCCAAAGGUCCAACCACCUUCAUUUAUAAACGGUUUUGCGGGUUACGUGGAUGCCACUUAUUGUGUUUUUGACAUGUGUUUGUAGUGCCAGUGACUGUGAAUUGUAUGAAAUAAAAAUAAUCAUUUAAAAUGCAAUUAUCAAUUAUCUUACUCGUCUGUACCGGAGCUCAUCUCGCUUACUCCUACGCUGAGAAAUACGACAGGAUAGAGAUAGAGAAAAUAGUGGCCAAUGCAGACAUUCAUGAAGCUGUUAACGAUUGUAUUCUGGGAAGGGUGGACUGCGGUCCGUAUUGGGACGAAGUCAGAGAGCUAGCGGCAGAAAUCGCUGUGGACCGCUGCGCGCACUGCACCGAGCGUCAGAAGGUGGUGGUCAGCACAUACAUCAGCGCCACUAAGAGCAAGUACCCUGACACCUGGCGGCAGAUACACAAGAUGUUCAAAAAGAUCCCACAGAAAUUAUAAUUAAGUAACUUAUUUUGCGAAUACAGUGAUUCAAAGGGAAACUUGAAGUGCUCGCCACUCUUAUUUAUUUUGCGCUACAAAAAUCGGAAAUGUAAAUAAAGACAGUUUUAAAGUGGCGAGAAGAGUGGCUUAACUGUAAUUUGGUAUAAUAAAUGACUAAAAUAAAACGUUACAUUUUAAA